UUUUUCUGCGUUUUUCGUGUUUCGAUUUUCGUUAAAGGCACAACCGCCGACGACCUCUUCCCUCUCUUUGACAAGUAUGGCAAGGUCGUCGACAUCUUCAUCCCCAAAGAUCGAAGGACUGGCGAGUCCAGGGGUUUUGCCUUUGUGCGUUACAAGUAUGCCGAUGAGGCUCAGAAGGCCGUCGAAAGGCUUGACGGAAGAAUGGUUGAUGGUCGGGAAAUAACUGUCCAAUUUGCAAAAUAUGGCCCCAAUGCAGAGCGCAUUCACAAAGGAAGGAUUAUUGAAUCAAUGCCAAGAACAAGGCAUAGGUCAAGGAGCCGCAGCCCAAGGAGAAGGUACCGUGAUGAUUACAGAGACAGGGAUUACCGUAGGAGAAGUCGUAGCAGAAGUUAUGAUAGGUAUGAACGUGACCGGUACCGUGGGAGGGACAGAGAUUAUCGUCGUCGAAGCAGAAGCCGCAGUGCCAGCCCUGAUUACAAGAGUCGAGGGAGGGGGCGCUAUGAUGAUGAUGAUGAUCGUCGUAGUAGAAGCCGGAGCCGAUCGGUGGAUAGCCGCUCCCCUGUACAUAGUCCUAGUCCUCGAAGGAGUCCUUCACCCCGCAGGAGUAUGUCUCCUGAAAGGAGUGCAUCCCCGAGAAGUCCUAGAGGUGAAAGUCCUGAUCAUCGUAGCCGUGAUGGACGAUCUCCCUCACCUCGCAGUGUCUCACCGCGUGGUCGCCCUGAUGCUUCGCGAAGCCCAUCUCCUCGGAAUUCAAAUGGUGAUGAGUAAGCUCUCUUGGAUGAAAAUUCUGGAGACACCUUGAGCAUGAGCAGUGCAGCUGUAGCUGUUGUGAAAAUGUUGAAUCUUCUGGUCAAUGUUAAUGAUCUUAUCAGUCAUUGAAGAAUUUUAUGAUCUAUGUGCUGUUUGUUGUGAUCGGGAAAAGUGAUGGGCCUGAUUGGUGCAUGUUGACAUUGUUGCUGUUGAUGCUGUUUCUAGUCAUUGAUGAUGAGUGGUCGUGAGUUGUACCCGGUUGCAAGAGUAUGCUGGUUUUAGGAGUAUGAUUGUAUUUUGCCGUGCUGGUUUGACAGACACUAAGUAGACUUGGUUUUUUCCUGAAUGGUCUGACUAUUGGUAAGCUCUUUGGUUACUUGCUUAUUUUUCCUCAGAAUUCUUAUUUUUGAUUUGCCGUGUUUGUUCUUAAUCGGAACAAAGUUGUCCUGAAAGGGAUUCUCAUUGCUGUGACGGACACAAGUUGCACAUUUUUUGACAUGUAGCUGAAGCCCCUGUAGGAGUUGGAUCAUUCAUUUGUUGAUUCAGAUGCAGAUACUAAACAUAAAUCGUGAGAACUAAAUAUGAACUAUAAUUUGCUGGUGUUUUAGUUCGAACUAUAAUGAAGUUGACAAUGGUAACAUGUUCAUUGUUACUUUUUAAGGGUAUUUUACUGGUAACUUAUUUAAUAUUCACCUUUAUAAUAUCUGCUACUUAAUGUAGUGAGAUAUAUUUGUUGUAGCACGCUGCUCCAUGAAACUGUAGCUGUGCGAUGGUAGCAGAUGCAUCUUUUUUGUGAAAUGAGUGAUCGUGAAUAAUUUGAAGAACUAACCAAUGACUGUAGCUGACUGUUGCUGCCCUAUUUGUUGUGGUCGGGUUGGCAAUGGUAUUAGCAGUUCGUACUGCCGAUAGCUGUCUCAUGAUGCUGAUGGUUUCUGUUGAUUCCAAAGCUGCCUGACAGAAUUUUCACUAUUAAGCUGGUGAAACCGUUCCUGUUAGUCAGUCUUUCACAGAUUCUAUUAUGAGUCAAAUCAUUUGUUCGUUAAUUAAACUGUUCGCUCAUUUGUCAUUUGUUGCUAUAUCAUUAUGAUCACCCUUGCCAAUAGUGGUGUAGUUAGGAGGUAAAACACAUACAUUUGAUUAUGGUGUGUCCAACUAUAACUGUUGUCUCAGUAAAAUUUGAGUAGUCCUGUGCCCAUAUGAUUGGAAGAAUUAACUGAUGUUAGUGUCGAUUAUUAUUCUGGGAUGGUUGCAACCUCUACAGUAAGAAUUCUGAAUCGGUAAUAUGUAUGGUUGAGCGAAUAAUUGAAUGAUAUUGCAUUCUCUUUUGAAGCAGUA